AUGUGUGGCAUCUUCGGUUACAUCAACUAUUUGGUGGAGAAGGACCGCAAGUUCAUCCUCGACACUCUUAUCAACGGCCUGUCCCGUCUCGAGUACCGAGGAUACGACUCUGCUGGUCUGGCCGUCGAUGGCGACAAGAAGAAUGAGGUCUUUGCCUUCAAGGAGGUUGGCAAGGUCGCCAAGCUGAAGAAGCUCAUCGACGAGUCGGACGUCAAGCUCGACAAGGUCUUUGAUUCACAUGCCGGCAUCGCCCACACGCGGUGGGCGACUCACGGCCCUCCCUCCACCACCAACUGCCACCCUCACCGAUCCGACCCCAACUGGGAGUUCACCGUUGUCCACAAUGGCAUCAUCACCAACUACAAGGAGCUCAAGACGCUGCUCAGCAGCAAGGGCUUCAAGUUCGAGACGGAGACCGACACCGAGUGCAUCGCCAAGUUGACCAAGUACAUUCACGACCAGCACCCCCAGAUCGGCUUCACGGACCUGGCCAAGGCCGUCAUCCAGGAGCUCGAGGGUGCCUACGGCCUGCUCAUCAAGUCCGUCCACUACCCCCACGAGGUCAUUGCCGCCCGCAAGGGUUCGCCCCUCGUCAUCGGCGUCAAGACGGAGCGCCGCAUGAAGGUCGACUUUGUCGACGUCGAGUACGCCGAUGACAACACCGCACUCCCCGCCGAGGCUGCGUCGCAGAACGUCGCUCUUAAGAAGAAUGCCGGCGACUUCCUCGCCCCGAGCAACUCCAGCCUCCUCGGAGCCCCCGACAAGUCGCUCCUCCACCGCUCGCAGUCCCGCGCCUUUAUGACCGACGACGGGAUGCCGAUGCCCACCGAGUUCUUCCUCUCCUCCGACCCGUCGGCCAUUGUCGAGCAUACCAAGAAGGUCAUGUACCUCGAGGAUGACGACAUUGCCCACAUUCACGAGGGCUCCCUCAACAUCCACCGCCUGAAGAAGGCCGACGGCAGCUCCAACGUGCGAACCAUUCAGACCCUGGAGCUUGAGCUCCAGGAGAUCAUGAAGGGCAAGUUCGACCACUUCAUGCAAAAGGAGAUUUUCGAGCAGCCCGAGUCGGUCGUCAACACCAUGCGUGGCCGCCUGGACAUUGCUAACGAAACCGUCACCCUCGGUGGCCUGCGAUCGUACAUCUCCACCAUCCGCCGCUGCCGGCGCAUCAUCUUCAUUGCUUGCGGCACGAGCUACCACUCCUGUAUGGCGGUGCGUGGUAUCUUCGAGGAGCUUGCUGAAAUCCCCAUCUCGGUCGAGCUCGCCUCGGACUUCCUCGACCGCGAGGCUCCCGUCUUCCGCGACGACACCUGCGUCUUCGUCUCCCAGUCGGGUGAGACGGCCGACUCUCUGAUGGCGCUGAGAUACUGCCUGGAGCGUGGCGCCCUCACCGUUGGCAUCGUCAACGUGGUCGGCUCCUCCAUCUCCCUGCUCACCCACUGUGGUGUGCACGUCAACGCCGGUCCCGAGAUUGGCGUGGCCUCCACCAAAGCCUACACUUCGCAGUUCAUCGCCAUGGUCAUGUUCGCUCUGUCCCUCAGUGAGGACCGCGCUUCCAAGAAGCAGCGUCGCGAAGAGAUCAUGGCUGGCCUGUCUAACAUUUCUGGCCAGAUCAAGGAGAUUCUCGACCUGGACAAGCCCAUCAAGGAGCUUUGCCAGAAGGUCUUCCAGAACCAAAAGUCGCUGCUCCUUCUCGGUCGUGGCAGCCAGUUCUCCACUGCCCUCGAGGGCGCCCUCAAGAUCAAGGAGAUUUCGUAUCUCCACUGCGAGGCUGUCAUGUCUGGUGAGCUGAAGCACGGUGUCUUGGCCCUCGUGGACGAGAACAUGCCCAUCAUCAUGAUCCUCACGCGCGACGAGAUCUUCAAGAAGUCCCUCAACGCCUACCAGCAAGUUAUUGCUCGUGGUGGCAAGCCCAUUGUCAUCUGCAACGCCGGCGACGAGGAGUUCAAGGCGUCUGACGCCACCAAGAUCGAAGUGCCCAAGACGGUCGACUGCCUGCAGGGCCUUCUCAACGUCAUUCCUCUUCAGCUCAUUGCCUACUGGCUGGCCGUCCUCGAGGGUCUCAACGUGGACUUCCCUCGCAACCUGGCCAAGUCUGUGACCGUCGAGUAA